AUGGGGCUUCCCGCGCGGGUGGCGCUGCUGCGGCGCGGGGCUCCAGGCGCCUUGAGCCGCCGUCAUGCCUGCCGGGCGCUUCACACUGCGGACGGCGGAGCGAUGGCCGCGACGCGCGCGGAUUUGUGCGAACGCACGUACAACCGCCCCUCGGAGAGCGCCAAGGACGCCGCCGCACAGUGCCGCUCCGCGUUUCAGCACUUUGUUCGUCUUCGCAGCUCGGAGUACACCGGCGCGCGCCCGCCGCCCACGUGCGAUGCGGCGGCCGCGGCGGGUGACGGCGAGGCGCUGGAAGGCCGUGGGGCGUCCGUGCGCCACGCGUUGGAGGCGGUUGACGUGCGCCCCACGGCCCGUGCGGGGGAGGCGUGGGGAGGCGUGGGCCCCGCGGGGAGACGUCCGCGGCCAGCCGCUGCCGCGUCCGCCGCUUCCGCACCUCGUGGACAACGCGACCUUCGCCGACUGCACCAACGCGCGGCGCGAGUCGCCGGUGGGGCCCGCCAGGCGCAGCUUCGGGCGGAGUACGAGCGGGCGGUGCACAUCCUACGCGACAUUCGUCUGGCGCUGGAGGCAAUUGUCCUGCCGCGCAGCACCCGCCGCGCGAAUGACGCGCGAGAGCGUCGAAAAGACUGGCUGGAUUCCACCGAGGCGGUGCGCUUCGAGCGGCUGCACCAGCUCCGUGACACGACAAGCCGGCUUUCGACGGCCCACUUUCUGCCUCUGCCUGUGGCCAUCAUUCUCCAGUUUCUUGAGCUCAUCGGCGGCAUUGUGGCGCUUGUGCAGGCGCCACACACCACCGCCCACGGCUACGUCGUGCGACAGGCGAUGCGAGCGCUUUUCAUUGACGCCGACGCCGCCACACCGAGGGCAGCUCGUGCUGACGCUGCAGCAAGUGCAAUGCCCGCGCGACCGCGGCUCUCGUCGGGUCUGCACUAUUACAAACUUCUGCGCUCUGCGCUCUCGCUACCCGGCGCGGAGUCCAUCGAGGUGUGUGACGCCGGCGGAAGCGUCAUGUCCGUGGAGGAGCUCUGUGUGCGGCGGUUAGGCAGCGGCGUCUGCGUCUCUGCAGACCCAAGCUCCAAGACGUUUCUGCACGAAAUUGGAACCAUUCGUGCGGUUCGCGUAGUCGCCUGGUGUCUGCGCCAGGCGACCGCAUCGCCCGCUUUGCUGCAGCAGGCACACAAGCGCUAUUUCCCGCCGCCACGUGGAGAGCUGCGAAUUCCGUUUGGUGUUGGGAAGGAGUACACCCAGCGUGUAUUGGCCUCCUUUGCGGGGGACAACCCCCGUGGAGGCGCUGCCGCGCGUGGCGAGAGCGAGGCCGCGGAGAGGCGACGAACCCCGUUUGCGGUAACGGAGCUGGCGAUGCUCUGCGGCGCCAUCGUCUUUUACGAGAUCCGGACGAUGGAGGCCGUGAGGGUUCUCGUGGAGGCCGCGCCGGUGUGUGCGGCGGAGGUGGACGUGCUGUCGGGCCACCAGCUGAGCUGCGUCCUGCUGGCCUACGCGACACUGCGGUACCACGGCGAUCUCGCGCGGCACCCGCCUACCUCGCCGCACGCCACGCUUCUCUCGCGGGACACGAGACAGACGAACUUUUACCUGCUGCUGGGCGAGCGCGCGGGGGCGAUGGGCGAGGAGCUGCACGAAGACGACGCCGCCCGCGUGCUGCGUGCGCUGGCGAUGGUUGACGUGGAGCACGAGGGGCUGCGACGCUCGCUGGAGUCCAGCAUGCGCAUGAAGGGGCUGCGCCGGAGAGUUCUGCUCUCAUGA